UUCCAAUCGCCUUUUCACUUUUCACUCCACUCCACUCAAUUUCAAACUUUAACCUAACGUUCAAAGUUCAAAUCUUUAAAAAUCACUGUCCCCCCCUCCCCUCGCUCUCCUCAUUUCUUGAUUUAAACUCGCAAGACCCAGUUUUUUUCCAUGUGAGUAUUUCUUCUUCUUAGCUAAAAAUUUGAGAGAGAGCCUGGGUGGAAACAUUCUUGCUGAACAGCUGCAUCAAGAGAGAAAAACAUUGAGGGAAUCAGAAAUGCCUCUAAGGCAACCUCUUAGGAGCUCUUCUCAGCUUAGAGCUUCGAGUUCUGAUUCUGAGCCUUUGCGUAGUCGGCCCUUGAAAGAUAGGAGCCCCAAAUUGGUUGGUGAUCGUCGAUCCCCGAGGGGAGCUCAGUCUGAUCCAAUAACUCAGAAGAAAAAACUCGGAUCGCGCAUUGCAGACUUAGAAAACCAACUCGGGCAUGCUCAGGAGGAACUCAAGUGUCUAAAGCAUCAGUUAGCCUCGAACGAGUCUGCAAAGAGAAUUGCUCAGGAGAAACCCGAGAAGAAAACGAGGAAACCAACUGCUCCCAAGCCAGAGGAAAUUCUUCCCGGUGAUAAUCAUGAAUCCAAUGAAAAAGAAAACCAGCCUGGAAGUGAGGGUUUGGAUGAUAGCCAGCAAGAAACCGAUGUUUUUGAGGUUCCAGUGGAGAAAGUUGCUGUGGAGCCAAACGGGGUUGAAGAUAUUGAUGAAGAUGAAGUGAAAAGCCGAGUCUUGAAUCCCUCAGUUGAAUCGCCAGUAACCCCUGAACCAUCGUUUGAGGAGGAGCUGGCAUUGAAGAACGACGAGAUAAGCUCAUUAAAGGCCAAAUUGGAAGAGAAGGAAAAAGAGCUCGUCAACUUUGGCCAAGAAAACGAGAGCCUCAAACAACAACUAAACGAAAAGGCUAUCGAGGCAUCAUCAGCAAAGGCGAAGGGAGAAGAGGCAGCUCUCGAGUUGAACCAGGUUAGAGAAGAGCUGGAAACCACUAGAGACAAUUUAACCAGGUUCAAUGAACAGCUAGAAGCCAGCGAAAAGGCAAAGGAGGCUUUAGAAACCGAGAUGAAAAAACUGCGCAUUCAAACCGAGCAAUGGAGGAAAGCAGCAGAUGCAGCAGCUACAGUUCUUUCCGGGGGCAUGGAGAUGAACGGCAGAAGGAUGUCCGAGAGGUGUGGAUCAAUGGAAAAAUACAGCAGCAGUGUAUUUGAACCAGGAGUCGGGGGAUAUGGCAGUUACAUGGGAUAUCCAGGGUUUCUCGAUGACUCUGAGGAUGUUUCAGACAGUGGAAAGAAGAAAGGUUCUGGCAUAAAAAUGUUGGGUGAUCUCUGGAAAAAGAAGAACCAGAAAUGAACCAUUUUUAGCAUUAAGGAAGUUGAAGAGAACUAGUUUUUUCUAGUUCUUGUUUUUCUGGCUACGAAAAUGGUAGUAACAUCAUGUGUUUCAAUCUCUGGCAUCUUGGUUAUUUAUGGAUUCUAUGUUUAGGAUUUGGGUGUUUUUAGUUAGUUAAGCACGGCAUCAAUUCGAUGUAGCAACAACUUGAACUAUGAAAUUCUUGCCAUUUUCAGAACUUGUUGCAGAAAUGAGGCUACCCAACACUUUAUUAU